GUGCGCGCGAGGCUACCCGGAAGCAGGAAGUGCAGGUGUUGUUGUGAGCUGUCUGCGCGCUGCUGUCGGCUCUUCUUCCUCCUCUUCAUCCUCCUCCUCCUCUGCCUCUCAUGGACCCCCCCGCGGCUCCGGCUUUCCGGUCCGGGUCCCGGUCCGGGUCCCGGUCCCGGUGCCCGAUACUCUCGCUGCUGCUGCUGCUGCUGACGGCCUGCGGGACGGUUCAGUCCGUGUCCGAACCCGGAAAGUGGACCGUGGACAUCAAGAGUGAAAAUCUGAAGCAGAAUGCUUUCUUUUUCACCAUCACCAAAACGCUUUUCAACAACACCUUGAUCCGCCUCAAAGUGCUGCAGGAGACGUGUCCCUCCAACAGCCCGUUGCAGCUGGACGUGUCCUGGUACCUGAGGAACUCCCACUGCUACGACGAGGUCUACAGGCUGAAGUACGAAGACGGCCACCUGCUGUACUGGAACUCAACGCAGGUCCAUUCAGGCGGAGGAAGCGGAUACUACGUCAUCCACUCAUAUCCUCCAGUCACCUGCCAGAGUGUCUUGAUCCCCACCACGUUCGACGUGGUGAACUUUGACCCUAAGACCCGUCUGAUCAAACCCUCGCCGCCUCAGCCGUCCACCCAGAAGCCUGCAGCGGUGAAGACCAGGAGAGACGUGAAGCCUCCCAAUCCCAAGCCAGCUGCGAUGGACAAUAACACUGCCUCAGAUAAAGGCGCCUCUGGUCAGAAGCCGGCGGGCGUGGCUCACAUGGACGCCGCGGCGGAGACGUGGGAGGACGGACCGUACAUGUUCAUCCUCCGCAUCGAGGAGAGAGAGGCGAACCCGGCACUGCCCUGGAGUCUGAAGCUGGAGGUGAGCAUGAGUGGACCGCACGGCUACAUCUCAGCCUCAGAGUGGCCCCUGAUGGUGUUCUACAUGGUGAUGUGCAUCGUGUACGUGCUGCUGGCCGUGCUGUGGCUGGCCCUGUCGGCCUGCUACUGGAGGGACCUGCUGCGGAUCCAGUUCUGGAUCGGAGGGGUGAUCUUCCUGGGCAUGCUGGAGAAGGCCGUGUACUACGCCGAGUUCCAGAGCAUCCGCUACGACGGGCUGUCAGUCCAGGGGGCGGUGGUGUUCGCUGAGGUGCUGUCUGCCGUCAAGAGGACCCUGGCCCGGGUGCUGGUCAUCAUCGCCAGUCUGGGAUACGGCAUCGUCAAGCCGCGACUCGGAGCGCUGCUGCACAGGGUGGUGGCCGUGGGGCUGCUGUACCUCAUCUUCUCCGUGGUGGAGGGGGUCCUGAGGGUCAACGCUGACCGUGGGGAUAACGCCAGCAGUCUGGUUCUGUGUGACAUAGUUCUGGCCUUCACUGACUCGUGUGUGGUGUGGUGGAUCUUCGUGAGCCUGGCUCAGACCAUGAAGCUGCUGCGGCUGCGGAGGAACGUGGUGAAGCUGUCGCUCUACAGACACUUCACCAACACGCUCAUCUUCGCCGUCAUCGCUUCGGUCAUUUUCAUCAUUUGGACCACGAAGACGUUCCGGAUGUCCAAGUGUCAGUCGGACUGGAGGGAGCUGUGGAUCGACGACUCCUUCUGGCGCUUCCUGUUCUCCAUCAUCCUGCUGGUCAUCAUGUUUCUAUGGCGACCCUCGGCCAAUAACCAGAGGUACGCUUUCAGUCCUCUGGUAGAUGAAGAAAGUGACGAGGAGGAGAAGGAGCCGAUGAUGAACGAGGCUUUUGGCGGGAUGAAGAUGAGGGGCAUGAAGAGCGAAGCCAACGGCUCGGCCAAGAGCAGCAAAGUGGAUGAAGACCUGAAGUGGGUUGAAGAAAACAUCCCGACUUCGAUGGCUGAUGUCGCCCUGCCCCCUCUGCUGGACUCUGACGAGGAAACCAUCACCACCAAGUUUGAGAUGUCCAAGAUGGAGUGAGGCGGGGGAGGGGCGGAGGGGUGGAGGAUGCCAGAGGGAGGCGGAGUGAGCGUCGUCCUCGCCGUCUUGCGGAUGAGUGAGCGCUCAGCCUGGACGGACGGACUCUGGGACAGUCUCUCUGCGGCCUGAAUGUAUUUAUAUUCAUAUCUCUGAACGCAGUAUAUUUUGACAGGGUGGAUGUUUGCCUUUUCAGCGAGCAGGAGGGUUUUUUAAAGGUCCAAGCGGACGUGCGUGUUGUUUCCGUGGUCAAAGCCAUGAGGACGUUCCGAUUCCGAUCAGCUCCCGACGGACGGGAAUCUGCAGCGUUCCCUUCUGUUCUGUCGAUGAUGUGAGUGAAGUCACCGUCUGUGAAGCGCUGCUGAAGUGUGUGGGGUUCAUGUGUUGUAAAUGUUCUUCUAUUAAAAUGCUGUUCUAAACAC